GAAAUUUGGAACAGUUGCAGAUUCCUUGUUUUCACCCAAAUGGGUUGAGACGGAGAAAAGAAAGCUUACCCCUUUUGAAACAAGCACAAACAGACAGAGACACAGACAGUUAAUCUCCGUUGGAGGAAUGUCGACGGAGUCACCGAAAUAUCUCAUUGGAUUCUUCACUAUUCGAAUCUACCACUGUUUCUCUCUUUUCUUUUAAGUUGUAGCGUCCAGCUUCAUAGGCCUUCUUCUUCUUCUUCUUCUUCCGGCUGUUGUUCCUCUGUUUGGUGAGCUGUGCCUCAUAAUGUUGUCGGAAUUAGUUAGAAGAUGAGUUUGGUGUUCAAGUUUGUUGCAAUGGAUUCGCAGCCUUGAAAGUCGAUGACGUGCUAGAGAGGCAAAGGCAAUGGAGUUGUUACUACACAAGAAGAAGUUUUCUUUGAAUCACAAAGACUAUACUUUGUACGAGGAAGUUGGUCAGGGUGUGAGUGCCACUGUGUACAGAGCUCUCUGCAUCCCACUUGAUGAGACUGUCGCCAUCAAAGUAAUCGACCUCGAGAAGUGCAACAAUGAUAUGGAUAUGAUUCGGCGAGAAGUACAGACUAUGAUCUUGCUAGAUCAUCCUAAUCUGCUGAAAGCACACUGCUCUUUCAUAGCUACCAGGAGUCUGUGGAUCGUCAUGCCUUACAUGGCCGCCGGAUCAUGUCUUCACAUCAUGAAGUCUGCUCAUCCAGAUGGUUUUGAGGAGAACACUAUCGCGACAUUGUUGCAUGGAGUUCUCAAGGCCCUUGCUUAUUUACAUUCCCAUGGUCACAUUCACAGGGAUGUUAAGGCUGGAAAUAUACUGGUUAGUUCUAAAGGUGCAGUUAAGUUGGCAGAUUUUGGCGUUUCAACUAGCUUGUUUGAAUCCGGCAAUAGACUUCACUCAAGAAAAACUUUUGUCGGAACUCCAUGCUGGAUGGCUCCAGAAGUUAUGCAGCAAUUGCAUGGAUACGACUUCAAAGCAGACAUCUGGUCACUGGGGAUAACAGCACUAGAACUUGCUCAUGGCCAUGCCCCAUUCUCCAAGUAUCCACCAAUGAAGGUUUUGCUGAUGACCCUACAAAAUGCACCUCCUGGCCUUGACUAUGAAAGGGACAAGCGAUUUUCAAAUUCUUUUAAAGAGUUAGUUGCUGCUUGCUUAGUUAAGGAUCAAAAGAAGCGUCCUACUGCAGACAAGCUCUUAAAGCACCGUUUCUUCAAGCAUGCACGUUCAAAGGAAUUUAUAGUUCGGACAAUUAUCGAUGGCCUUGGUCCCCUUGGUGAUCGAUUUAGGAUGUUGAAGCAAAAAGAGGCUGAAUUAUUGGGGCAAAAUGGUGAAGAGCAUUUGUCACAGAUAUUAUGUUAUACUAUAUAUUUUCUGCAGCAAAAGUAUAUACGAGGGAUCAGUGCAUGGAAUUUUGACCUGGAGGACUUGAAAAGACAGGCUGCUCUUCUUCAGGAUGAUGAUGGCAUCAGAAUUGCAGAUAAUCAAGAGUGGAUCUGCAAACAGAAGAGCGGACUUGAUACCUCCAUUGGUCUAGUAAAGAGAGAUUCCAUUACUGUACCUGUCGAUAGCGUCAGUAACAGUGGAUCAACAUGGAAACAUACGGACUUCAAAAAGUUUGAAGAACCAGUUGAUUCAUCAAGACUAAGUGAUCAGUUGACAGAAGUCACAGAACAUCAGAAGAGAGAUAAUGCUACAUGUUUACAUGAGACAGCAUUAAAUGAACCCAGGCUCCAAUGUAAUGGGAAACCCAUAGUCACAGAGCCAGAUUCCAGUUUUAAGGACAUGCGAAACGGCUCUACGAGGCCAUAUUUUGAGGAUUCAGUAGAUUCAAUAAACGGCCAUGCAGCAGCUUCUGUCAUUCCUGCGCUCCGUUGCAUUCUGCAUCAAAAUGCCAUGCAAAUGGAAGAAACAAUGAGAUUGAUUGAAACUGUUCGUCAAAUCACAGGCACUCAUGCGGAGUUCCCAGAAGCAGUAAAUAAUAAAAAACCAAUGCAGUUCUCUUUAGCUUCUGCAAGGGAGAGAGUCCUAGAAGCUCAUGUGAUUUCUAUUGAAAAGAGGAUCAAGAAACUAGUCGACGAGUUGGAGAUUCAAAAGAUGAAAAAUGCGAAGCUGGAAAGACAACUAAGUCAGGUUAACAGGGAGUAGAGAUUUUCAGGCAUAAUACAAUUUCACUUCUAGCCUUUCAUACAGAAGAGAUUGGGAUUUCAUAUGCUUCUGCUUACACAGGAAACUGUUCCACUAUAUAAUUACAGUAAUCUCUAUGGGAUUCUGGAAAUGAAUAUCAGAUAUUUUCUCGUUAACCUCUC